AUCUUGACAUGUCUUUACCAACUCUUCACUCAGUCAUCAAGAAGUUGAAUCCUUUCAGUGGCGAGAUAUCAUCUGUGCUAAGCUUGGAAGAUGAUCCAAUAGAAAGGGUCUCCACUUUGGAAUGCAAUGAUGAGUUAGUAAUAGCUGGGUCACUUUCAGGAUCUUACUAUGUGAAAAAUACAGAAACUCAAGAACUUACAAAGAGGGUCUUAACGACAAACUCAAAUGGUAUAAUCAACUUUGCUAAAGCUAUUGGUGAUUCUGUUUUGUUUUCCACAAAUGAUAGUCAUCUAAUAACCACAGACUUAACUUCACUCAAAGUCAAAUCUGACGUGGAGUUCCCAUGGGCUAUUAAUUCUGUCUCGGUUGAUCCACAGAAUCAACAUUUGAAACUCAUAGUUGGUGAUAAUAUCAACUCAUUCAUACUUGAUGACAGAGUGCAUCGUUACAAACCUGUCAAUAUUUUGAGUGGUCAUAAGGAUUUCUCGUUUACUUGUGAUUGGUCUCAUAAUGGUAUGACAAUAGCGACUGGGAAUCAAGAUUCCACAAUGAGACUUUAUGAUAUCAGGAAUUUAAGAAAAAAUACAUCAUGUGUUAAUGGUGAAAUUGAAAGUUCAAUUAGAAAUGUUAAAUUUAAUUAUAAUGAUACAGUCAUCGCUUUCAGUGAAAGUAUUGAUUAUGUGAACAUAUUGGAUUUGAAAAGUAUAGAUGAGGGAACAGGCUCCAAACAGGUGAUUUCUUUAUUUGGGAAAGUUAUUGGGUUGGAUUUUACGAAUUAUGAUGAUGGGAAUGGUGAAUUGUUAACAAUUGGUGUAUGUGAUGAUGCUAUUGGUGGAAUUUUGCAAUAUGAACUAGAAAGUGACUUUAAAUGCACUGACUACGACUUCCUUUAAUGAAUAUAUGUCCUUAAUUGAAACAGAAUUAUAUGAAAGAUACCUUGUAAUAUUGUUUAAAUUAUUAAUCAAGCUCGAAAACACCCUUAAGCGACAGUUUUACCACUUAGAACUUCUUUACCAGUCUUUUGAAUUGUGGAGAGGACAGUAUCAUAAGGCAAUGAGGAGACCACAUUCACUGAUUGGUUUUCUAAUGAGAUAUCGACAUUCUUAACACCAUCCACUCUGGUUAAAGCUUUAUUCACAGCAUUUGAACAGCCUUAGACUUGAUUAGUAACAAGCUCUUCUUAAGUAAACGAAUG